AGCUAGAUAUUUAGAUUUUAUUUUUCAAUAAAAAAAGAGAAAUACCCAAGAAAAUUGCAAUUUUUAAUUAAAAAAAGUUUGGAAAACAAUUAAACUAAUUUUAAUUCAUUUAAUAAAACAAUACUUGAAAAAUGCUUACUCUACGCGAAAGACAAAUAAAUGCAAUCAAACAAAUGCUAAACUUGAACGUUCAGCAGCCUAAAAUUCUAGCUGCUGAACCCGUGUGGAAGAUUCUCAUUUAUGACCGCGAUGGACAGGACAUCAUAUCGCCAAUCAUUCCAAUAAGAGAGCUACGAAAUCUGGGUGUAACAUUGCAUGUACAAUUGCACUCGGAUCGCGAUUCCAUUCCAGAUGUCCCGGCAGUUUACUUCUGCGCUCCCACCAACGAAAAUCUCGGCCGCAUCCAGCAAGAUCUUCAAAACGGACUCUACGACACUUACUACUUGAAUUUUCUGUCACCAAUUUCCCGGCAAAAGAUUGAGGAUCUAGCUGCGAUUGCUUUGCAGGCAGGCUGCGUUGCGAACAUCCGCAGUGUCUAUGACCAAUAUGUGAACUUUAUAAGUCUCGAAGAUGACUUCUUUGUGUUCAAGCACCAGAACAGUGAUGCUGUCUCGUAUUACUCCAUCAAUCGUGCCAAUACCCGUGACGAUGAGAUCGAAAUUCUUAUGGACAACAUUGUGGACAGCUUGUUCUCGGUGUUUGUGACCCUGGGCAAUGUCCCAAUCAUCCGUUGUCCCCGGAACAGCGCCGCUGAAAUGGUGGGUCGAAAACUGGAGAAGAAGUUGCGAGAAAAUCUUUGGGACGCACGAAACAAUCUCUUCCACAUGGACGCCACUCAGGCCGGUGGAGUUUUCAGCUUUCAACGGCCACUGCUAUUAUUGCUUGAUCGAAAUCUAGAUCUGGCCACACCGUUACAUCACACCUGGUCCUACCAGGCUUUGGUACAUGACGUGCUAGAGUUGAGCUUGAAUCUGGUUUAUUUGGAGGAUGAGAGCGAUGGGGUGCGAAGUGGGACGAAGAAGAAGCUCAAAGCCUGUGAUUUGGAUAAAAAUGAUAAAUUCUGGACGACACACAAGGGCAGUCCCUUUCCCCUGGUAGCCGAGGCCAUCCAAGAAGAACUUGAGUCCUAUCGUUCGUCAGAGGAGGAAAUCAAAAAGCUCAAGACUUCCAUGGGUAUCGAUGGUGAGAACGAAGUAGCCUUCUCAAUGGUAAACGACACAACAGCCCGACUAACCAACGCCAUCAAUUCCCUACCCCAAUUGAUGGAAAAGAAACGCCUUAUUGACAUGCACACAAAAAUCGCCACAGCCAUUCUCAAUUUCAUCAAAACGCGACGUCUAGAUUCAUUCUUUGAGCUGGAAGAGAAGAUCAUGUCGAAACAAACUCUCGAUCGACCACUGCAGGACAUUUUGAAUGAUCCAGAAUUUGGUUUGCCAGAGGAUAAAAUGAGAUUGUACAUUAUUUAUUAUAUUUGCUCAGCAAAUGUCCCCGAAUACGAGUUCCAACGCAUCAAAGAAACCCUCCAAGAGGCCGGCUGCGAUCUGUCCCCGUUGUCAUAUGUGGAACGAUGGAGAAGCAUUAACAUUCGGUCGCCAGUUAAUCAAACGACUCAGUACGAAGGAGGUGGCACUAAGACAGUAUCGAUGUUUUCCAAAUUAGUCUCGCAGGGUUCUUCUUUUGUCAUGGAAGGAGUAAAGAAUUUGGUCGUAAAAAGACAUAACUUGCCAGUCACCAAAAUCACUGAUCAAAUCAUGGAAUGUCGAAGCUCAGUCGAAACAGAUGACUACCUGUAUUUGGAUCCGAAACUCCUCAAAGGUGGCGAUGUAAUGCCAAAGAAUCGUGCUCCAUUCCAAGAUGCAGUUGUUUAUGUUGUUGGCGGAGGAAAUUAUAUUGAAUAUCAAAAUUUAGUUGAUUUCAUGAAACAAAAACAAAGUGCAAAUGUGAAUAAGAGAAUCAUUUAUGGAUCAUCGAAUUUGAGCAAUUCCAAGCAAUUCCUCAAGGAAUUGUCACAAUUGGGCAAAGAGAUACAAACUCCCGUGUUAAGUUAGGGAUCCGUAUUUUGUUGUUAAGCUAUAAAUUAAAACAAAAAAAAAAACAAUUAUUGAUUUUACAGAAUUUGACAUUCUGCUUUGACACAUUAUUAUAUCUUCAAAUUAUAAAUUUUGUAAUUUAGCAAAAAAAAAAACAAAAAGAAAAAACAAGAGAAAAGAAAAGAGGAAAAGAAAAGUCAUGUUAAGGUGGUCCAAAUGGAAUGCUGUAAAAAUAUUUAAUAAAAUUAAACACGAAACUUCACAAAAACAAACAAAUUACACAUGUAUCAAGCGAGCGUUAUUUUUUGUUCAUCUGCAGGCAAGAAUAAGCUAAUAAAGGUUCUUCAGAACAUUGAUUGUUUAGGUUUACAAUCUUUGAAAUCAGAGAAAGGCUUUCAUGUAUGG